UGCUCCUUAUAUCGAUGGUGUUAACCUCGGGCCCCACACAAACACACACACAUACGCACGCGGUGUAUCGUGUUGUUUUUACGCCGCGGCGAGACAGGUGUCGUCUUUCGCCGUUAUAUUUUUUCUCCGUUGUUCUCUUGUGUGUGUAUUCUACUGUUGUUAUUUGGAGUUGUGCUUUUUCUCUUCGGCAGAGAAUCGCAACCACGAGUACUAUUUAUUAUUGAUUUCACAGUGUGAGUGAACAGAUUUGUUUACGUUGUUUCCUUGAUAGUAUCUGACAGUAUGAGUGCAAGGAGUAUACGAUAGUAACCUUGACUUUCCUGUGGACUGAUUCUUGGGGAUUUGGUGUUUUUGGUCACGCAACAGUGAAACUCCGGCAUAUAAAAGCAACAACCGUGUACUGUGAUAAUUGUUCCAGUUCUUUGUGCUGCGAUUCUAUUCCGUUCGUGGAGAUCUUUAUGAAGUGUUGUUCUGGACGAAAAUUGUGGCAGCUGACCUCACAUGCUUGACUUGACCUCUUGUCGGAUAGCCAAAUGUUGUGAGCCUGACGGUGCUGCACUGUGACCCGCAGAAAUGAAGCGCAUGCAGGCAAUCGUCAGCGGGAAGAAGAAACAAUGCACCAAGUUGCCCACCCCGGCCCAGAAAGGCAAGAAAGGGGUGGGCACGCCCCCGUCAGCCACGCCCACCGCCACCCAAACCACGCCCACCACCCACCAAACCACGCCCAGCUCCGGGUCGGCUAACAAGAGUCCGGGUAAGGACUCUAGCGCCGGUUCCAAGGGUGCGGGUUCGAAACUCCCCGUGGGUGCAGCCGCCAGCACCGCCUCCAUAGCCAGCAGCGCGGACACGGGCACGAGUACCAUCACCGGCGGUAGUAACAGCAGCGGUUCCAGCGGCCAGAGAGUACCUUCUAGAAUCCCAG